AUGCUAUCGUAUUGCCUAGAGCCAUAUUUGGACGAGUUAAGCCGUUCUGUACGCAGUGGCAAUGAACUCGCUGUCGUUUCGGUUAUCGAGCAGUUGCGACUGCAGGCGCGGGCGCUGCUUGCUCGAACACCAGCCUCGCUGGCGGUGAGCUCUGAAGCAGCGGUCGCUGCUGGGCCAGCGGUAGGUGCUGAGACCUGCUCCAGACCACCGCUUCUCGUUUCGUCAUCGAUUGAAAACACAAGUCUACUGGAACUGGUGAGCAAGCGUCCACUGUGGCUGCUACGCGAGCACCGUGAUCGAGACGGCCACACCGCGCUGCACUGGGCUGCGCUCGAGGGAAGGUGCCAGACCGCACAGCUCCUGCUCGACGCAGGCGCCGAGGUCGAUGCACGCUCCCGUGGAGACGACCAGCGGGGCCAGACGCCACUCAUGUGGGCGGCAGUUGGCGGACACGUUUCCGCUGCGCAGUUGCUGGUGGCUGCAGGCGCCGACCCGGUCGCCACGGACGCUCGGGGCUACGCACCCAUCGUGCACGCUACCCAGUACGGCUUCCUGGACCUGGUGCACUGGUUCGCUGCGAUCUACGAUGCAUCAAGAGCGGACUCCGAUGAGGAUUCGUCCAACGCUAGCGCGAUAGCAAACGCUGGCUCAGGACGUGGCGCGCUUUCCUGGAAACAGCGUUCGCUGGACGCCAUCCGAGACCGCGAGCAGCACACGCUGCUGCACUGGGCUGCGUACCGCGAACACCUCAACUUGGUGCAGUACCUGCUGGUGGUGCACGGGUCGGAUCCGAACGCAGUGGAUGCAAGUGGCAUGACUCCAUUACACAGAGCGCUGCAACGAAACAACUUUCGUAUCACGCGAGCACUCAUGCGGCGUGGUGCCUCGCCCGGAAUUCGCAGCCGCACCGGUGUACUGCCCCAUGAACUGGCUCGUGACCGUGGCCACGUGCGCCUUAGCGAAUACGUGGAAGCGUGGCUGCGUCUAGGCCAAGAGCCAGACCUCUUCUCAGCAGUCGCAGCGCGAGCACUCACUCGUGACCUGCACUCGGAGCAGGCGUCGAGCCGCUCUGGCUGGCAACGACGUGUGCUGGCGCUGGGGCAGCGCCUCGUGACGCUGGCUAGUGAGCGCGUUCCUGCGUUACGUCCCUGGCUCCAGGGUCUACGUGAAAUUGUGAUCUACGGACGCUAUGGGUUGUACCUGCACGGACUCGUUUAUUUCUACUACUAUCUAAUGAUCGCGUCGACGAGCGUCCUCUACAGAUGGUUAUGGCGCUACUACGGCGGGUUCCACUCGAGGAGCUUCUGGUUACUGAACCUCAUGCUGGUGGUGAACGCGCUCGCUUCGGUCUCGACCACGUAUAGGGAUCCGGGGUCGCUGGCCAGCAUCUCGCCACUGACGCUUGUCCGGGCGAUACCGCCUUCGGAGCGGAAAGCAGGUGCGGUCGAGCAGUUAGCCACGCUGGUGCAGACACUCUCGCCCGGCAGCGACGCGUACGCCCGGGCGCUGGUGCUGGGCAUGUUUGAUAUCCUUACAGAACCGAGGCUUAUUGAGCGCUACUUUUGCUUUUCGUGUUUGAACGUCCGACCGCCGCGGGCGAAGCACUGUAUUGUGCUGGAUCAGUGCAUCGCUCGCUACGAUCACUACUGUCCAUGGAUGAAUAAUACCAUUGGGGCGUCGAACCAUCGAGCGUUUCUGGUGUGGCUCUGGUCGCUGCUAUGGCUUGAGACUUCUUACACGUCCUUGUUGGUCCGUGCUGUGUUUUUCGAUCCGGCCUAUGCGUGGAGCGUGUACCAAUUGGGGUUUGGCGGGCUUGUGCGGACAAUGCCGCAGACGCUGCUCCUGCUGGUGUGUCAUGUGGUGUUCCCUUUGCUGGUGUUUCCGCUGGCUGCGCAACAGGUUUACUUCUACUUUUGUGCCGACCUCACAACCAAUGAGAGUGUGAACUACGAGCGUUACUCUUAUCUGACGGAUGCGCAGAUUCGAGCAGCCGUACUCUCCCAGUGUGGAUGGUGGACCCGCCACGGACUCUGUGGCUGCGUCUCCACCCUUAAUCGUCUCGUUUCACGAUGCCAUGGACGUGCCGCGGCCCUGCUCCGUCGUAAAGUGAAGCGAGACGAGACCGCAGCAGACUCUGCGCUGCCGGUGUGA